CUCAAUCCCUCCAUACGCUUCCGAUACCCGACAGCGACCGAGCGACGAACCAGCUGGAACUCGCGCGCCGAGGUUGAUAUUACAAGUUCACAUUCUCAAUACUCGGGAGCAAGUCGCCCGCUGGUGGCGAUUAGCUGGAAAAGAUGGCGAGCUCCUUUGAAAAAUCCGUCAAGGGCGCGACCAAAAUUAAGGCCGCGCCUCCCAAGACGAAGUACAUCGAGCAUAUUCUUAUCGCGACACAUUCGGGUGAGGCGGGAGUUGGAGAGGUCUUUAGGGUACUGCAGACUCGGUUGCGCGAUUCAACAUGGACCGUUGUCUUCAAGAGUCUGAUUACUGUACACCUUAUGAUCCGAGAGGGUUCGCCAGACGUUACCCUAGCAUAUCUUGCUAAGCACCGGAGUAUGCUGGGUCUGGGCAUGAUAUCAGAUGUUCAAACACAAGGCCGAAACAUCCGUCAUUACUAUGAUUACCUUACCGAAAGGGUGCGAGCGUAUCGUGACACAAAGAUUGACUGGGUUCGAGGCAGGGAGAACCGGUUGGAGAAGCUCUCAGUCGAAAAAGGCUUGCUACGAGAGACAGAAUCUGUUCAGAAGCAACUCACAGCGUUGCUCAAGUGUGAUGUCAUGGACAACGAACCAGAAAACGAAAUUACGGUUACCGUGUUCAGGCUCUUGCCUGAUGCCGAGAGAGCUAUGGACAUCUACCGGAAUUUUGCUCGUCAAACCGAUUUCGUGGUACAGUACCUCAGUGUCGCUCGACAAUAUGAACACCAUACUAGAGUUGAGGUUCCCAAGCUCAAGCACGCACCUGUGAAUUUGGGACGGCAGCUAGAGGAUUAUCUGAAGGAUCCUGACUUCGAGAUUCACCGGAGGCAGUAUCUGGCCGAGCUGGAGGCGAAGAAGAAAGGGGGGUCAUCCUCGGUAUCAAAGUUCCCCAAAGCAGAGUCAUCCACGAAGAAUACUGCCUCAGGGACCACAAGCACCAAAGAAGAGUCAUCCAGGCCGGCAAUUCCUAUCAAGUCGGCGGAUGCCAACCUCAUCGAUUUCUUCGACUCGAUCGAGCAAAACCAGACGCAAAUGGCUGUUCAGGCACAGCCACAGCUUCAGCAAACCCAUGGACAGAUGCAAGUGAGCGCAAACCCUUGGGCACAGGCCGCUUUCCAGCCUCAACCUACUCAGCCGUUUCAAGCCAACGAUUUUGUGGCUCAGGCUGCCUUCCAACAAGCUUUCCAGCAGCAGCAACAACAACAGCAGCAGCAGCCAACAAUGGAUACUUAUGGUCAAGUUCCGCAGGCUCCUCAGCAACAGAUGCAACCGUCUUUUACGGGAGCUGGGUAUGGUGGCUUUUCUCCCCAGCAACAAGGCUUCCAGGCCACCUCGUUGUCUCUUGGUCCCCAGGAUCACAUGGCCAGUUUCCAGACGGCCACAACCACCGGCUUCUCCGGUCUUCAGCCACCACAGCAAGUCACCAACCCUUUCCGACAAUCUAUGAUGAUGAACCAACAACAAACGGGAUCUCCAUUCUCGCCAGCGAACAACUCCCCUUUCCAGCAGCAACAACCACAACAACAGCAACAGCAGCAAAUGCAGCGUCCUGUGACUGCACAGUCUACCAACCCAUUUGCUCGCGCAUCUCCUCAGGCGGCACAGCCCUUCGCUUCUCCUCCAGCCAACUCGCCUUUCCAGUCGGCUCCACCGCAACAACCGCAGCCGACUGGAACCAACCCCUUCGCGAGGGGCUUCGCGGCUUCCCAGUCGGUCCAACAACAACAGCAGCAGCGCCCCGUUACUGCUAGUGGCCCACUUCUUCCGAUGCCAACGGGCAGCACAAAUCCUUUCCGUCAGGGUGCGUUCGUGAACCAUGCUACCGGUAUGGGGUGGCAACAUAACCAACAGCCUAUAGGGGGCGGGCUCGACCAACUCGAGACAAUCCCGGUGUUUCCGAGGCCAGCACAGCAAACGCCAUGGCAGCAAUGAUGAGCGGUUGUCUCCUCUGACAGCCGCGUAAUACUUAGCUCUCUUGAUCUUGGAUUUUAAGGGCUAUACGGGCAAGCGUAUGUCGCUGACAGGCGCACUGCCCCGCUUUUCUGUCAUUCUGCUGUUUUCGUUUUGGCUUGUCUGGUUUGUUCGGG